GAGAGAGAGAGAGAGAGAGAGAGAGAGAGAGAGGAAGCAUCGUCUCAGUAACAAUCCUCGCACUUCACGCUGGUUAUAUAUCUGCGGCUUCACCCUGAUGAGUUUAGCCAAUAGAUCCCAUGGAAAAUGCGGUCGGAAACCCUAUGGAUGCAGCUGGUUGUCACCUGAUAUAAUGGCCUUUUGGAGAAGAAAUAUUUACUUUGAGGAAGAACGUCAUGUAAAAGCCAAUGAUCAGGCUUACAAUGAGAAGUUUUCAUACACUGACAAUCAUAUCAAAACCUCAAAGUACAACAUAUUUACCUUCCUGCCAAUCAAUUUGUUUGAGCAGUUCCAGAGGGUUGCGAAUGCGUACUUCUUUGUGUUGUUGAUAUUACAGUUAAUUCCAGAUAUCUCCUCUCUCUCCUGGUUCACCACCAUUGUGCCUUUGGUGUUAGUGUUGGUCAUCACAGCAGUGAAAGAUGCCUCCGAUGACUAUUUCCGCCAUAAGAGUGAUCAACAGGUCAACAACCGCCAGUCCCAGGUGCUCGUCAGGGGCAGUUUGCAGAAGGAAAAAUGGAUGAAUGUGCGUGUUGGAGAUAUCAUCAAGAUGGAAAAUAACCAGUUUGUAGCUGCAGACAUAUUGCUGCUCUCCAGUUGUGAGCCUUAUGGACUGUGCUAUAUUGAGACUGCAGAACUAGAUGGAGAAACUAAUCUGAAGGUUCGGCAGGCUUUGACGGCAACCUCAGACCUGGGAGAAGACAUCUCAAAGCUGGCUGAUUUUGAUGGGGAAGUAAUAUGCGAACCUCCAAAUAACAAACUGGACAAGUUUACAGGAGCGCUGUGCUGGAGAGAUAACAAGUAUCCACUGGAUAAUGAUAAAAUGCUUCUCCGAGGAUGCGUCCUCAGAAACACAGAGUGGUGCUUUGGAAUGGUCAUCUUUGCUGGACUGCAAACUAAGCUGAUGCAGAACUGUGGGAGGACUACAUUCAAAAGGACCAGUAUUGAUAAACUGAUGAACACCUUAGUUUUAUGGAUCUUUGGCUUUCUUAUUUGCAUGGGAGUCGUUUUGGCAAUCGGAAACACCAUCUGGGAGCAGAGGGUUGGCAGAAGUUUCCGGGUGUAUCUGCUCUGGGAUCAGCCCCUGAACAACGUUGUGUUCUCUGGCUUCCUCACCUUCUGGUCUUAUGUAAUCAUCCUGAACACAGUCGUACCCAUCUCACUCUACGUCAGUGUUGAGGUUCUUCGACUGGGCCACAGCUACUUCAUUAACUGGGACAGGAAGAUGUACUAUGCCCAGAAUGACACUCCGGCAGAGGCUCGCACCACCACCUUGAACGAGGAGCUGGGCCAGGUGGAGUUCAUCUUCUCUGACAAGACAGGAACCCUCACCCAGAACAUCAUGGUCUUCAACAAGUGCUCCAUCAAUGGGAGGACCUAUGGUGACGUUUACGAUGAAUUUGGCCAGAGAGUAGAAAUAACGGAGAAGACCGCCUGUGUGGACUUCUCCUUCAAUCCACUCAGUGACAAGAGAUUCAGGUUCCAUGACAGCAGUCUGGUGGAAGCCAUCAAACUAGAGGAGCCCGCUGUGCAGGAGUUCUUCAGGCUGCUGGCCUUGUGUCACACCGUCAUGUCAGAGGAGAGGACUGAAGGGAACCUGGUAUACCAGGCCCAGUCACCUGACGAAGGAGCCUUGGUCACGGCUGCACGCAACUUCGGGUUUGUCUUCCGAUCCAGAACGCCAGAGACCAUUACUCUAUAUGAAAUGGGCAGAGCCAUCACCUACCAGCUCCUGGCUAUACUGGACUUCAACAACGUGCGCAAGAGAAUGAGUGUCAUUGUGAGGAACACACAGGGACACAUCAAGCUGUACACUAAAGGAGCUGACACCAUCAUUUUUGACCGACUGGACUCUUCAAAUGAAGAUUUAAUGUACACUACCUCAGAGCAUCUAAACGAGUUUGCUGGAGAAGGGCUAAGGACACUGGCUCUGGCCUACAAAGAUUUGGAUGAAGAUUAUUUUGAAGAGUGGAUUAAGAAACUCCACAGUGCCAGGACUGUGAUAGAGAACCAGGAGGAUCUCCUUACUGGACUCUAUGAGGAGAUCGAACAAGGCCUAAAGCUCUUAGGUGCUACAGCAGUGGAGGACAAACUUCAGGACGGAGUACCUGAAACCAUUGCCUGUUUAAGCCUGGCUAACAUUAAGAUAUGGGUCCUCACUGGGGACAAACUAGAGACUGCCAUGAACAUCGGCUACUCCUGCAACAUGCUGCGCGAUGACAUGAACGAGGUCUUCAUCAUCUCAGGUGACACGCUGUUGGAGGUUCAGCAGCAACUCAGAAGUGCCAAGGAACACAUCCUUGGGCUGAGCCGAGUCGGCAACGGAAUCGAUGUUGAGAAGACAGAUGCGUGUUUUGAUGACUCAGUGUUUGAGGAAACCAUUAUUGCAGAGUACGCCUUAAUUUUCAAUGGACACAGUCUGGCCCAUGCUCUCCUGCCUCAGCUGGACCAGCUGCUGCUGGACACAGCCUGCAUGUGUAAGACAGUCAUCUGCUGCAGGGUCACACCCAUGCAGAAGGCCCAGGUGGUGGAGCUGGUGAAGAGGUCCAGGAGAGCCGUCACCCUGGCGAUAGGAGACGGGGCCAAUGAUGUCAGCAUGAUCAAGAGUGCCCACAUUGGAGUUGGCAUAAGUGGACAGGAGGGCAUGCAGGCUGUUCUGGCUUCUGACUACUCUUUUGCCCAGUUCCGCUUCCUGCAGCGCCUCCUACUGGUGCACGGACGCUGGUCUUACUUUCGUAUGUGCAACUUCCUGUGUUAUUUCUUUUACAAGAACUUUGCCUUCACGUUGGUGCAUUUCUGGUUUGGGUUCUUCUGUGGUUUUUCAGCACAGACUAUUUAUGACCAGUGGUUUAUUACCCUCUUCAAUAUAGUCUAUACAUCCCUGCCAGUCCUUGCUGUGGGCAUAUUUGAUCAGGACGUCAAUGAGCAGAACAGCCGCAGAUACCCAAGUUUAUACAGGCCUGGACAGCUCAACCUCCUGUUCAACAAGAGGGAGUUUUUUCUCUGCACCCUGCAGGGGAUGUGCACCUCUUUUCUGCUAUUUUUCAUCCCUUACGGAGCUUUCUCCAUCUCAGUGGGGGAUGAUGGUUCCCACAUCUCUGACCAGCAGGCAUUUGCUGUCACCAUAGCGACGUCCUUAGUCAUUGUGGUUAGUGUCCAGAUUGGACUGAUCACGAACUACUGGACUGGUGUGAAUCACUUCUUUGUGUGGGGUAGUCUGGCCGUCUACUUUGCCAUAUUAUUUGCUUUGCACAGUGAUGGCAUUUUUGGCAUUUUUCCUAGCCAGUUCUCUUUUAUUGGAGCUGCCAGGCACUGCCUUAGUCAGAAGACUGUGUGGCUGGUCAUUCUGCUCACCACUGUGGUGUGUGUUAUGCCGGGUUUGGCUGUUCGCUUCCUAAGGGCCGACCUUCAUCCCACACAAACUGAGAAGGUACGCCGCCUGCAGCAGGCCAGCAGGAAGCAGGCGCCGCAGCAGCAGAACCUGCGGCGUGUACGCAGGACCAGCUCUCGGCGCUCAGCCUACGCCUUCGCUCAUCAGCAAGGGUACGGGGAGCUCAUCACCUCAGGGAAGAACAUGAGGGUGACCCCUGACCCCUCCUCUCCAUCAGCCGGAGGGCCCCAGGACAGCCCCAGGUGCCUCAGUACCGGAUUGAGGAAGAAUGACAUAACAAGUGUCUCUGAUGAAGGUACUGGGGGUUCAGAGAGUAGGUAUUUGAGCGCGGACCAUCCUCUGGACAAGCAGCACACUGAGGAAGGACUCUCUGACUGAUUAUCACCGCACACAAACAUCACCAGCGCAUGAAUCCCGAAGGAAUCAGCGCAGGGUUGCAUGAUGUGAGUCCCUGUGGAUUCGGGUCAACGACCAUGUGCUACAGACUUAAAUGGACUGCAUACUCAAUGUGAUGAAUUGUGUACUGAACUGUACGUCUUUGUAAAAUGUAAUGAUUUACAGUCUGUAUAUACAAAAACAGAAUUAUUGGUAGAAUAUGUAUUGAAUAUCCAUAUGUUUGACAACAUUUUGCUAUUGACAGUGAAUGAAACAAAGUUGUCUCAGGCCAACUUUUUAUAUUAAAUUAUUCUCAAUGCACAGUGCUUUCAUUUGAUAUGGAUACCUCAACCAGGAUCAGGUUCAGGAAGCAGAGAACGAAAGACGCUCAGCCUAUGAACAAAAGAAGAACAGUGAAUGGAGACAAGCUGUUCCUUUUGCAGCUCAUUUUAUGUAGGAGUUUAAAAAAACCUUUGUCUUUGUUAAAAUAUAAAGAAUAUAAAGAAUCAAGACUCUCCUUAAAGGUGUUCUGCAGUCUCUGCACCUACUCAGUGGAAAUCCAAACAUGGUGAAAGCUUGAUGUUGAGGAUAACGUUGAUGCUCUUGCAGUCAGCACUUUCUAACCUAAUUUCCCAAUGUGCUGAAUGCACACUCUUCCUGGGUUUGCUGUUUUUAUUGCCUGCCUGUACUUUACACCUUAAGUGCUACCAUUCAAAUGUUUAUUACGUACAUUUAUAUUUUCGAAAAGCCGAAGAUGGAUUCUUGUUUCCACGUAUGUUGCUUCUACAUAUUCUCAUCAAGCAAAGCAAUUUCAAUGACUUACUUAUUUUCUUUUGUGAUGGGUAUAGAUUUAUAUACUGCACAAAAUAAACUUCUUGUUGAUAUUCUU